AUGAAGUCGAUAAGCUCUCUCCCCUGCGAGAUCAUCGGCCUCAUUCUUGCAAGCUGCGAGAGCUUUGCUCAGCUACGCGACGCGAUCUUGACUUGCAAAUUAUUUUACUCAGCAUGGAAGUCCCAUACAGGGUCAAUUCUAUGGCAGAUCGGCCAAUUUGAGAUCGUAGAGUUCACGGACGCGUUGAUGGCAGUGAGAGCGACAGAGAUUGCAAAGCAAGCGAUUCUAAAGGGAGAUCUCCCACCAUCUCCAUUCCCACUGGGCGAGCUGAGUGGAGAGGUCCGCAAGCCAACACUGGAUGAGCUCAAAGUUCUGUUCGAUUUCCGGCAUUUGGUCGAGUGUCUUGAACGGCUUGCCAAGAAGAACAGUAACCCAUAUUGGUAUGAAUGCAUCGAAAGUCUCGAGCCAGAAGACAGGAUCAAAGCAUGGAUGGUGUGGAAGGAGCGCUUGCACGUCGCCUUGUAUCGAGGCUUUCUUUCCGGCGCUGCGCUGUAUCGUGCGUACCAGGAGCCUUUAACUCUGGCAAGCACUUGCGGUCUUCGGGGUUUCCUGGCCAAAUUCCGGAGAAAUAUGGAAAAUGGGGAGGAUGAACAUGAUGAUUAUGGCGAUGACCCUUUCACACCGGCUGAGAAGCGCUAUCUGCUCCAGUAUCCCAUAUUCAAAUUUGAGGAAUUCCAACAGCACGGGCAUAUAUUCCAGCCUCUGGCGGACAUCUUCGUGCAGGAGAGCAAGAGAAAGGCCAAGGUGGUGAAUACAUUGGAAGGCGCAAAUCUGUAUGAGCGGUACGGGGCACAGCAGUAUGACCCUGCUGUCCUCGAAAGAAGCCAUGCACAGGCGCUCUUCCAUCAGCUCAUGCAGUUUGUGUUCGUUGCGCAUAGUGCGACGCUCGAAAACAUAAUCCGAAAUGAGGAUGGAAGCGAGUAUCACCUGAGGAGAAAUGAACCAACACCCAAAGAGAUGUCUGGACGUCGCCGUACUGUCACCGUUAUCUUUUUCGACGUGCUUAGCCUCGAGGAGAUUAUCAUGCCAGAGAAUGUGGAAGAUGCAGUCGAGACGUUUGUACUUGCACGUCCUGGUCUCGAGCGUCCUGUGGUCGACAGGGCUAACUUGCCCGGACUCGACUAUGCGUCCCGCAAUCUUCGGCCCUUACUCCACGAGAUGAAAUGGUUCUCUGGCCAGCCAAAUUGCUAUUGGCCCGACUGUGGGACGCCUCCUCCCGACUUUCAGUUUGUGCGAUACAUGCUGUCGAAAUACUUCCGACUCCGGCUCAAAGAUGACACGUGGGAUUGGGGGAACAGCCGCAACCAUGAGCUGGCCUGGUGUAAAUUUAGGAUUAGCGGUGACGUCUUCUGUGAGCGUAUUCUGGCGGACGAAUUUGAAGGCGCUUGUGCGCUCUUGGAGUCAAUCAAUGCUCCCCUUCCUGAGGCUUAUUUUGUUCCUGGUUCUUCCUGGCCAUGA